GGACGACCGUCAUCAAUCCAAUCUACACUUUUUGAGAAGCUUCCGUUCGCUUGACUAGUAAACUUGCUAACUCUCCUCAUGUACUCUUUCAAGUACUAUGGACGGUUCUCCCCCAACCCGUACAUACUAUUCACCACCAUCCCCUAUCAUCAUACAACUCAAUACAAUCAUCACAAUAUCCGCCUCAGGUCUACCAACUAAGGGCUCCGUUUACCAUUUAUUUGGCGAUGGCACCCUCAUCGCACCCCCAUUCUUCAACGACCUUUCCACUACUUACCUUGCUCUCGUCAUCAUGGCAUCCCUCCUCACCGUAUUCGCUAGGAAUACAACACUCUCAGCCGCAUUCUUAUGGUCAGGUAGAGUUCGCAAGAAGAGUCUCUUGUACACUCUAUUCCUUAGUCAACUUCUCGCACCUGUCUCCAUCUUGUCCUUGCUUAUCGCCCAAUUUAACCCCAAUUUCGAUUGCAAACUCAUCAUGCGCAUUGUGGUCGCUAGUACAGGAAUAUCUUUAUCUUUAUUGAUAUCCGGUAUCCUGGGCGUAAAGGCCUACCGGUGUCUAGACAACUCUCGCUUAGUUCUAGUCGUCUUGGUUGCGCUCAGGACUGCUGCAAUUGUUCUUCUCGCUCUAGAUCUUGCAUCACUUGACAGUUAUCGCAGUCUUGCAGGCCGCUGCUAUCGACCAUCUAAUGCCAUCACAUAUGCUUUCAUAAUACUUUUAUUCAUCGAAUCGCUAUUCGUUUGUCUUUGCUUUCUUUAUGCUGUUUGGAAAUCACAUAGUUCCGCCGCCGUCCGAGGCAGAAUUAACGUAUCACUCUCUCUUGACGAUGUCGCAGAUCCCCAUCUAGACACCCGAAAAAAAGAGAGCAUCGAGAGUCACAAGACCACUCACAGUCGCCGCGGCUGGUGGGAUUACGUUCCUACUGUAGAUAAUCCUCCAUUUUCCCCAAGAUCUCGUAGAACUCGGUCUCUCUCUCAUGACCCGAGCAUUCCCAUGGGCGGUCUUUCCAAGUUUCGUACCGGUGAAAGAUUGCGUGAUCCGGAGAAUGUCCCCUCUAGACCGCCCAUCCCCUCGCUGCCUACAGAAUCCCCUCUCACUCGCACAUCCACAAUCCGCGUCUCCACCACACUUCCAAAUAUUUGCAAUGACGUCCCAAUCCCUCGUCGGUCCUCUUCUCCUGCCAUCUCGUCCAUAAGUCGCAUAAGUCGAUAUAUGCCUCGAGUAGCGUUGUUUGGAGAAGUGAUGAGAGAUGAAUUAUUCUAUACCACCUUCAUCACCGUUUCCACCGUCGUUUCGGUCAUAAUGACUAUAGUCGGUGUUAACAGCUCGGACUCAGCCGAUCACGUAGCUUGGAUGGCCUUUGACUGGGCCUUGAUCUCGUGUCUUGUGAUCCACAGUUUCAGUCGUGUCAUCCGCCGCCACGAAAACGAAGCCCUUUUACAGCAGCCUAGCGCUUGGCAUCAUAAUUUGCGUACAGACCGCAGUACCGCGGAACUUUUGACGGAAGGGAGGGUAAGAGCUCCUAGGUCUUCAUUUGGACGCUCAUUCCAAGUGCGCACCCGGCGUCCGACGAGUCGUCGGUACGAUGCCGAUGCUCUACGCGACCCCUCCACAACCUCCCGUUCCCUACGAGGAGAUCCUCAUUCCAACGCGUUAUCUCGCCACCAAGAAGAAACCCGCCCUAAUACCGUCCUACCCACCCAUCCAUCCACGCCCGAAGUCGAUUCUUUCCCCGAUGACCUUUCAUCUUGUCGUAGAAGCGGUACGAAACUCACGGAGAGGGUUUUCUUGGGGCACCAGUAUAAUGAUAGUUUACCUAGUUUAUCACCACGUCCUGACCUGGACAAUCAACCUUCAUUGCAAGCUAGUCAUAUUGUAACAUAGACAUUGCAUUUCCAAUUCACUUGCACUGCUACUG